GAAGCAGAAAACCCUUUUGCGUAAUGACUGCAGGUUAGCACGUUGACAUUGGGGAUCAGGUUGCAACUCUUGGUUAAGUCCUAAGGUAGCUACAGUAGAAGCACGAUGGGUGCUUCACUCUCCAGCCCUGCUACCACUGUGAAAGCAGAGGUAGCGACGGUACCAGCUCAGCUUGGCUUACCUCAACAGGGCUGUCCUAUGCAUCAACAACACCAGAAAGGAGCCCCUCCAUCAGAGUGCCCUAUGCAUCAGGCUGGCACUCAAGCCACACCUCCUGCUGGGCCAGUACACCAAGAACGGGCCUAUGAGUUUGUGGAGUGCCCAAUGAGAGCUGCAGAGGGAAGCACGCAGAGGCUGUCUGACAUCGAUCCAACAAACAUGAUGCCACCACCUAACCAGCAGCCAGCCCCUGACCAGCCUUUUCUCCUGGCUGUUAACAGAGAGGAGUCCAAAAUCCCCAGAACUGGAACAGAUCAAAACUGGGUGUAUCCCUCAGCACAAAUGUUCUGGAAUGCUAUGCUGAGAAAGGGAUGGCGUUGGAAGGAUGAUAACCUUUCACCAGAUGACAUGACCAAUAUCAUCAAAAUUCACAAUCGCAAUAAUGAGCAGGCCUGGAAUGAGAUCCUGAAGUGGGAGGCCCUGCAUGCUGGUGACUGUCCAUGUGGUCCAUCCUUAAAAAGGUUUGGAGGUAAAGCAAAGGACUUUUCACCCAGGGCCAGGAUCCGUCAUUGGAUGGGCUAUGAAUUACCCUUUGACCGUCAUGACUGGAUAGUAGAUCGUUGUGGAAAAGAAGUGCGAUAUGUGAUUGACUAUUAUGAAGGAGACAUUGACAAAGACACUUUUCAGUUCUCUGUCUUGGAUGUGCGUCCAGCUCUGGACUCUCUUGAAGCAGUGUGUGACCGAAUAAAAGUGGCCUGGUGGCGCUGGACAUCUUAAACUGCCCAAAACACAUUCACAUCUCUCUGUAUUAUUAUGUAAAUAAGAACCCUGAGAAUUUUACUGUAUGAAUAAAUAUGAAUGAAUAAAAUGGUUGUUUAUAUAAUGUCUUGGUUUAAUUCUGCAUAACUGGAGGGGUAAGAUUGUAAAUGUUUUUGAAGCAUCUUCUGAAGCAUACAUAUACUUUGGGGUUUUUUUUUUGUAGCAUUUAGUAUGUGAUGUGAUUUAAGGGAAUGGUAAAUCACAGUUCUACAAUCGUGGUUUUCUACCAUUUUAAGUGAUCUGUGUUCUGAAGUCAUUGAAAAUCCUGUGGGUUUUUUUUUUUUUUUUUUUUUUUUUUUUACUGAAAUAUCCAAGUUGAAAAUUCAUAUUAGGGCUAAUCACUUUGGAAGGACACAACAAUUUGUUACCAUGAGUAAAGUCCCAAAGGCUUGUCUAAUGUUUUUGGAAUGACUUGGAAUGAGCACAUUCAGAGGAAUGAGUACAUUUGGAGAGAUUUGGGGCAGUGGCAACAUCUGUUAGUAAGGGUUUGUGGUUUGAAUUUCCACACUUUUUGCCAGGAUUAGGAAUGACCCCUGUUUGAGGCUAGACUUUGUCUUAAACUGCGUUCUGUAGUGUUACUCAUAACAUUUAAAAAAGAAAAUUGCUAUAAUUCCUUGAAGUAUUUCAGUGUUAAUGGCACUUCUAAUGUAGACGAAUACAAUAAAGUCUCAUGGGGGAAACAAA